GGGAGCCCGGCCCCGCUGCAGCCCCGCCGGUCCGCCCCGAGGGCUGCUCCGGGCUCCGGCGGCUGCUCCGGGCUCCGGCGGCUGCUCCCGGCUCCGGCGGCCGCGGGCAGCGCACGUCGGGGGUGCAGGACCCGGGUCGUCCCCCCCCAAGCCCGGCCGAGAUGACUCCCCUGCCCGCAGGCAACGGCAGCGCUUGGGGGGCGGCAGCGCUGGGCAGCGGCAGCAACUGCAGCGGGACCACCAGCCUGAGCCGGCAGUGGGCGAUGGGGGCCGCCCUGACCCUCACCGUGGUGGUCAUCGUGGCUGGCAACUUGCUGGUGAUCGUGGCCAUCGCCAAGACGCCGCGGCUGCAGACCAUGACCAACGUCUUCAUCACCUCGCUGGCUUGCGCCGACCUCGUCAUGGGCUUGCUGGUGGUGCCGCCGGGGGCCACCAUCCUGCUGAGCGGCCACUGGCCCUACGGCACGAUGGUGUGUGAGCUGUGGACGUCGCUGGACGUGCUGUGUGUCACAGCCAGCAUCGAGACGCUGUGCGCAAUCGCUGUGGAUCGCUACCUCGCCAUCACAUCACCUCUGCAGUACGAGGCGCUAGUGACCAAGGGCAGGGCGUGGGCCGUGGUGUGCCUGGUGUGGGCCAUCUCUGCCUUCAUCUCCUUCCUGCCCAUCAUGAACCACUGGUGGCGGGACGGGGCGGAUGAGCAGGCGGUGCGCUGCUACAAUGACCCACGCUGCUGUGACUUUGUCACCAACAUGACCUACGCCAUCAUCUCUUCCACCAUCUCCUUCUACGUGCCCCUGCUCGUCAUGAUCUUCGUCUACGUCCGCGUCUUCGCUGUGGCCACGCGGCACGUCCAGCUCAUUGGCAAGGACAAGGUGAGGUUUCUGCAGGAGCCCCCCAGCCCCAGCUCCAGGAGCAGCCGGCGGAGGCGGCCCUCCCGUCUGCUGGCCAUCAAGGAGCACAAGGCACUUAAGACCCUGGGCAUCAUCAUGGGCACCUUCACGCUCUGCUGGUUGCCCUUCUUUGUGGCCAACAUCAUCAAGGUCUUCUGCCGGCCGCUGGUGCCAGAUCAGCUCUUUCUCUUCCUCAAUUGGCUGGGCUACGUCAACUCAGCCUUCAACCCCAUCAUCUACUGCCGCAGCCCUGACUUCAGGAGUGCCUUCCGCAAGCUGCUGUGCUGCCCGCGCCGUGCUGACCGCCGGCUCCACGCUGUCUCACAGGACCUGCAGCACUGCCCCUGUGCCUUCAGCCCCCGGGGGGGCCCCUCGGAGGACAGCAAGGUGGCAUCCCCUGGGCACCCUGGGGAUGACGGCGAGGCUCGGGGCGGCGGCAGCAGCAACCACUGCAGCAGCCGGACAGAGGAGACCAGCCUGUCCCAGGGCAACGGCCACCGGCAGCGGCCCCAUGGCGAGUCCCGGCCGCAGGGCACCCAGACCACACUGUGCUCGCAGCUUGAUGAGUUUGCCGGCAGAGAGACGCCAGCGGGUCCUUCCAUCUGACUGGGAGCAGCCGAGAGCCGGGAAGAGAGGCGGGGUGUUGCGAAGGGGACAGAGGAGCAGUGCUGGGGACCACGGCGCUGGAAGGACCCUCCAGUGCAGGCACCGACCCAGAGAAGAGAGGGGCUCUUCCUCGGGAGCGCUUGCAGUCACAGCAGGGCCUGAGGAGCUGGCUCGUCUGUGCAGUUGGUGCUGGAGGGCUGGAGGCAGCUGGGAAAAAGCUCCCAAGCAGCUCACCAAGAGGCAGCACAGGCUCGGAGAUGUGCCUUUCCCCAUGCAGAUGGGGGACGAGCUCCCCGGGGGUGCUUUUUGGUGCAGCUGGCAUUGGGAUGCAGUGGCCAGUGGCUCUCUCACAAAGGACCCCAUCGUCCUGGGCUGGGUUUCAGACAGCCCAUCAGGAAGGGGAGAAGAGACUCCUGCAGGCACAAGCCCUUUCCAGGAUCUCCGCUCCAUCCCUGCCCCAGCUGCUGCAUUCCCAGGGCUGGGUGCAAUCCUGGGAGCUGCGGUGAUACCUUUAGCAAAGGAAAAGCACAGGGGAGCGAGGGGUGCUCUGAGCAGGGGGGACUGGGCAAAAAAUGUGAAUUAUACUCUUGUCAAAUCUCCUGUUUCUCCCUUUCAAUUUGGGGCAGAUGUCUGUGUUUCCCUGCCAUUCAGGAAUCAGGGGGUUGUUUAGAUGAAGCUGGAGGAGCAGCAGUGGGGUCAGAUGGGAGAGUAGAAGGGAGGUUUUCAUCGCAGGGCCCCUGCACGCUGGUCUGGGUACGUGGGGCAGUGGGUGAGGGCAGGGAGGUGAUUUGCUCUAUCUUCAAAACCAGCUUGGGCUGCCAGCGUGGUGGGAAGCGGGACAGGGCCAGUCCAGCUCCUCUGCGCACCCCGCGGUGCGAGCAGGGCUCAGGGUGCGUGCACAGGCGGGCGCUCGUGUUUGUGGCUGUGCCCACGCUAGGCUGCUGCACAGCGGCUUUUGGGGAUGAUUUAAAUGUGUCGCGGUGAUUGUAGAGUUUUUGUCCUGUUUUGUCUCCCCCCGCCCUCUGCGUGAAAUAAACCUUUGAAACUCUG